AUGAGCAGCGGCAGCGCCGGCCCCUCCCGGCCCCGGACCAGCUCCUUCGCCGACGCCGCCGGGGGCGGGGCCCCCCCCGGCCCCGGAGCCCCCGCCCCGCCCGGACCGCCCCCGGGGGCCGCGCCGGGCGCCAAGGCGGGGGCGGCGGGGCCCGGGCCGGGGGGGGGCGGCGGCGGCGUCGGGCCCUUCCCGCCGGGCCUGAAACUCGGCCGGGCCAGCGGAAAGGGCAGGGCUGGGGGGUCCCUGGCCGUGGCUCUAAACCCCCCCACAUCCCCAGGGGACAGCGGGAAGGUGAGCACGGUGGUGGCCACGCCCGGCCAGGGCCCGGAGCGCCCCCAGGAGGUCUCCUACUCGGAUAUCAAGGUCAUCGGGAAUGGUUCCUUCGGCGUGGUCUAUCAGGCCCGCCUGGCCAACUCUGGGGAGCUGGUGGCCAUCAAGAAAGUGCUGCAGGACAAGCGCUUCAAGAACCGGGAGCUGCAGAUCAUGCGCAAGCUGGAUCACUGCAACAUCGUGCGGCUGCGCUACUUCUUCUACUCCAGCGGGGAGAAGAAGGACGAGGUGUACCUGAACCUGGUGCUGGACUUCGUGCCCGAGACGGUGUACCGCGUGGCACGCCACUUCACCAAGGCCAAGCAGCCCAUCCCCGUCAUCUAUGUCAAGGUGUACAUGUACCAGCUCUUCCGCAGCCUGGCCUACAUCCAUUCCCAGGGGGUCUGUCACCGUGACAUCAAACCCCAGAACCUGCUGGUGGACCCCGACACCGCCGUGCUCAAGCUGUGCGACUUCGGCAGUGCCAAGCAGCUGGUGCAGGGCGAACCCAACGUCUCCUACAUCUGCUCCCGCUAUUACCGCGCCCCUGAGCUCAUCUUCGGGACCGACUACACAUCCAACAUAGAUAUCUGGUCAGCGGGCUGCGUCCUGGCCGAGCUGCUGCUGGGUCAGCCCAUCUUCCCUGGGGACAGUGGAGUGGACCAGCUGGUGGAAAUCAUCAAGGUGCUGGGGACGCCAACGCGGGAGCAGAUCCGGGAGAUGAACCCCAACUACACAGAGUUCAAGUUCCCCCAGAUCAAAGCACACCCCUGGCUGAAGGUGUUCAAGCCGCGCACCCCGCUGGAGGCCGUCUCGUUGUGCAGCCGCCUGCUGGAGUACACGCCCGCCACCCGCCUCUCCCCGCUGGAGGCCUGCGCCAACGCCUUCUUCGACGAGCUGCGGGAACCCAGCGCCCGCCUGCCCAGCGGGCGUGACCUGCCCCCCCUCUUCAACUUCAGCCCUGUGGAACUGGCCAUCCAGCCCUCGCUCAACCCCUCGCUCAUCCCGCCCCACCUACGGGCCCAGACCAGCUUGCUAGGGUGCGCGCCCGGCACCCCUGCCACACACGGUGCUGACAGGAGCCAGCCAACACCGGGGGACGGCGCGGGACCCAUCGCCAACGCGUCCUGA